CGGCGUCAUGCGAUUAGUGUUUAUUGUUACCCGAGCGAGAUCCUGUUCGCGGAUGCCGUCGCCGGCGAAUUUCGCGUAAGGCAGAGUCGUUGUCGCGGUGCCGAUGGUGAUCGACGAUCGACGGCGGCCGGUCGAGCGCGGCCCGCUGCGCUGCAUGGCGCCGGAGGUCUCGACCGGCUUCGGCGAGCGCAUUGAGGAAUACGAUGUGCUGAGUUCAUUGGGCAAGGGUGGCUACGGAUGCGUCUACCGGGCGAUAUGUCUCCGCAGCAAGACAGAAGUUGCGAUCAAAAUGAUCAACAAGAAAAUGAUGCAGGCUGCUGGAAUGAUAGAUAGAGUUAGGCAGGAAGUAAUGAUACAUAUGCAACUGAAAGAUCCAGCUAUCCUGGAGAUGUACACAGGUUUUGAGGAUGCAAAUUACGUGUACCUGGUUUUGGAAUUAUGUCACAACGGGGAGCUUCAGGGUUAUCUCAAAGGCAAAACUCUAUCCGAGGAAAAAGCUGCCGACAUAAUCAGACAGGUAGUAGAUGGCUUGCUUUAUCUCCAUACCAACCAAAUACUUCACAGAGAUUUGUCACUGUCCAAUCUACUUUUGACCAAAAAUAUGCAGGUGAAAAUAGCGGAUUUCGGAUUGGCCACGCAAUUGAAGAAACCAGACGAAAGGCACUUCACAAUGUGCGGCACGCCGAACUACAUCUCGCCCGAAAUUGCCAUGAGAUCUAUGCAUGGACCGGAGGCAGAUGUAUGGAGCUUGGGAUGUAUGUUGUACACCUUGUUGGUGGGCAAGCCACCGUUUGAGACCGAGGCGAUUAGGAGCACCCUAACCCGCGUGGUCAUGGCCGACUACGUGAUGCCGCCUCAUCUGUCGGACAAUGCGAGGGAUCUCAUAGACAAGUUGCUGAAGAAGAAUCCGAAAGACAGGAUACGCCUGCCAAUGAUUAAAAAGCAUGCCUUUAUGACGUAUACAGAAAAGAGGCAUAACGAAAGGAACAAAAAUCUGUUGUCCGAUGGCAUGAUGGAUUCCGGGAUUGGUAGAACAUUUUCGUCGGAUAACAGUCGGCCGCAAAUGCGAACCCGAUCAGAGGAGAGGAUGUCCUCGAUGCCGAUGGUCAGUGUGAGAAGCGAGCCGCUAUCCGAGCCUAUUGCGAAAAUGCACUCGAAUCACGGGGCGAGAUACGCCAAUUACCGCCCGAAGGAGAACUCUUUGAUGAGCGUGCCGAUGCAUCGCAAUAGAGUACAAAGCGAGCAGCAGUACGGCAAUCGCAAUGCCUGCAACGCCUACAACGAGUCCGAGAGACCGAGGAUAAUGGAGAGGAAGCCGAGGAAGGAGAACAUCGUGGAGAACACGCCACAUCGUGGCGUGGAGGAAACUGAGAAGAGCACGAAGUUACAAGUCGAGCCGUUAAAUUCCACCAGGUUGCUGCCUACUAGGCACAGAAACAAGGGCACGAUUCUCACCAUUCUCGACAACGGAGAAGUGUGCCUCGAGUUUAUCAAGCGCAGAAACGGCAUGGAAAAGAUAAGCGAAGUGUGCAGAAUAUCAGGCGACGGUCUGCGAAUCGUUCUCUACAAACCGGACCCGAUUGCGGAGAUUGGUUCGCAACCGCUACCGUUGCCUACUCGGGGCGCCGAUAAUAUUUAUUCACACGAGAAUCUGCCGACGUGCCAUCAUCGGAAGUAUCUUUACGCCCAUCGUUUCGUGAAACUGGUUCAAGCAAAAACCCCAAAGAUAACGCUGUACACUCAACGAGCAAAGUGCCUGUUCAUGGAAAACGGUCUGGAGCCUGACUGCGAAGUGACCUUUUACAACGGAAUAAAGAUUGUCCAGGAGAACAGUGUCGUGAAGAUCACCGACAAUAGCGGCGAAAAGUUUGUCGAGGCUGCAGCCCCGUCGCAUCUCGAAAAUUACUGCGCGCAUUACUCGGAAUGUUACAAGCAUUGCCAGCUAGUGGAAUCCAGUCUGGCAUCUCUGGAGAGAAUCACCGGAGACCCCUGCUUUCCCGUGAUAGUCGGACGACGGCCUAACACGGCCUUGAGUGACGCUCCCUAUCAGGGGAAAGAAAACGUCUCGCCUAUGACAACAAACGGUUUCCCGAUUUUGCCGUCGUUCGACUACUCCAUCAUCUCGACGAUGACUUCCAGAUCGCGCAAGAAUUCCACGCACAAUUCUAACAGUAAUAUGCACAAGAUACCGGUGCCGGGAAUCGACUUUGUCACCAAAUUGUUAUCUGGCGAUAUUAGAGUUGACUACAUGGAUGGAUCCUCCGUGACUGUAAGUCCCAACGGCAACAUACAAGAUUACAGGAGUAGCGACGGCAAAGUUAUACACAUCAAGCAGAAGAACUUGCAGAAAUCGAUCCAGGACAAGCUCCGACUAUUGCCAAGGAUUUUCGAGUAUCUCAAUGAAUCUGAGAAGCAACCGAAGCACAGAGGCAUUCGAUAGCUCCGCAUGAGAAUAUAAAAUAUUUUGUACAGUACAAGAAGAAAUCACCUUUCCGCCCGUGGACCGUAAGCUUGCUAUAGAUUUAUAAAUUGGCGUAAAUUUAUAGAUACAGCUUAUACAAAGCUAAACGCGGCCUUAAGUACGAAUAUUUUCUAAGUAUACAAUGAUAAGAAAUAAAGUAAUAUUUUUAUAUUUGAUAUGCUCGAUUCGAGUUAUACUAUUGCAAUUGUAUAAGGCAAGAAAAAAAAAAGAAAAAAUGGGGAAAACACGUUAAAUGAUGAAAAAAAAACAAGGGAAACAAUAUAUCUUUGAAAGUUCGAUAUUUAUUUUUAUAGAUAUAGAAGACAAGAUGCAAUUGUCAUUACAUAGGAAAAUUUGAGAAUACUUAUAAAGAGUGGAAUAAAAUUGAGAAUUUUACCGUUAUUUUGCACGUUAUCCUUUACACGCAAUACGUGUAAAGGAACAUUCUGCGAAAUCCGGUAUCUACCGCCCCUCAAAGUGACGAACUAUGCAGGUAUAUUUAUUAUAUUAUUAAUAGAAGAUAUAUUUUUUAAGUGGGAAAAACGAAUGUAAUAAAUCAGAUAUAACCACA